UGCCUCCUUAGUGGCUGGUCACCGCUGGAAAACUGGUGGUCUCUCUUCUGAAGAACUUGGGGUUCAGGCCACUGCAGGGAUUCCUUCCACGAGGCCGCCAGGAUGGAUGUCUGCUCCCGCAUCAGCCCCUGGCUCUUGGGCCUUAUUCUCCAAUUCACACGGAUGGGCUGUGCCGAAGGGGCUGCUCACGAGCGUCUCAGUCGCCACGCGGACGACUCGGUAACUUUCUCACUGGACACCCUGCCGGGAACCAACUUCUCCAACCUCAUCUGGAGAUCUUCCUCAAGGGGCCCGAUUCACGUGGUGGCAGCGUGGGAGGCCGGGAACAUUGUGGACGUCCUGAAUGCAAAUUAUGCCAGAAGAGUAACCUUCCACGAAGAGAGCUGGUCCUUGGAAAUCCACAACCUGACCAAAGAGGACGGGGGCUUCUAUGAAGCUGUGGAGCUCCAAGGCGAUUCGGAGGUAUUGCUGAAGCAAUACACCCUGUUUGUGUUCGACUUCAGUGUCGAAGAAAGCAAGUCAGUCAACGGAAGCUGCAUCCUCCGCUUGCGGUGUGAGGCGGGAGUUGGGGCCGGGAACAAGGUGACAUACAGCUGGACGUCCGGCGGUGUUGAGACCCAGGGCUCGGGCCUCCACCUCACCCUGCGUCCUGCUGAUAAGAACCAGCUGGCCAUUUGCGGGGCAGUAGCCGCUGAAGCCCACCAAGAGUUCAGCAUCUUUCCCUUCAAGUACUGCCCUGUUGGCUCUAGGGCUGCAGGACUCCUGGCCCCCCCGAGUCUCGGGAUCCUCCUCCUGCUGCUGCUGCUGCUGCCGCGACUGUGAACGGGACGGUUCGGCUCCCUCCUCUCCGCCGCCCCCCCACCCCGGCUUCGACGGACGACUGGAAAGAAAAGGCAGACGGCCGGGAACGUCGGACGACCCCCAAACGGGGCCCACCCUCACGUCAUUCACUCACCUGCUCCUGUAAGACGACCCCCUCCUCCUCUUUGACUAGACAGCAUCGAGCGGGGAGUGGACCCCUCUUACGUCGGAACCAGUCCCGGACCUGGUCGCAAGGAUCUUUCGGGGCAGCCCCGCCCCCCAAGACCCCCAGCAGAGAGCCGCCAGCCGCUUUGAACGGAGACGCAGCCGGAGUGGUCCGCGGUCUUCCGGCCGUCCCGCCGCCCCCCCUGGCCCGCCGCCUCCCCCGGCUGCUCCUCCAAAUGACCGGGGGGGGGGGAUACGGCGGUGCAGCCGUCCGGAGCCCCCCGGCAGGGCUCUCUGCCCUCCAGGCCACCUAAAAGGGCUCUUGGAGCGCGGCCGGCCCUGGGGGGCGAAAAGGGACCGGCCCCACCCGGGCCAGGAUCCUGCCCCGCCUCCCGCCCGCGGAUCUUCUGAAGAGGGGAAUUGAUGCGGCGGGCGGAUCUCGUAGGAGUAGAAGUCCCCGACCUGCCCGGCAGGUGGCGCUAAGAAACCGUGCGGAGGCCGGUCCGAGCGCGGGGUUUCCUCGGGGUUGGGGGUUCUCGUCGGAUUGCUGGGAGCACGAGUGGAUCGUGGGCUUCAGGCGGGUGGGAAAUGCAGUCCCCGCCCCGUCCUGGGGUUUGUUCACCCCGAGUCUGGUCGCCUUCCUUGUCUUCUUGAGAAUAAAUGGAAUUGGUCUUGAA